ACAAGCACACACACACACACAGACGGGAAAUGCCAAAUGUCAUCAAUGCAACAGACACAUCAGAUAUAAUUUUACACUGAUGAGAAUACUUCCAAUGUUCUAAUGUAUGUUUUGUGAUGAAAAAUUAUUAUUUGUUUUUUUUUCAGUUCUUUUUUUUUUUUUUUGUAUGUAUGUAUGUAUAGUAGUCUUUUUUUUUUUAUUGUUCCUGGAUAAUGCAGAGGUGGUCCUCCACAGUUUGGAGGGCCGGGCCACGGGAGUCAAUUUACAUUACAACACUAGCCAGCAUUUAUGCGAUUCUACGAAAUAAAAGCUUUAUCUCGCAUUUUUUUUAAUGCUAGGUAAGGACAUGUAUAGUUUCAGGUUGUGUUUACUGUAUAUCACGAAAGUGUUAUAUGCUGUAUGUCAGUAGGUGAAACAGUGUUGUGUUGUUUUGCUUCAUCGAUGUACACCAGCUACCGAAUACAAACUCAGCAAACUGCCACUUUCCCAGUGUUCCAAGUUGUUUUUAUUUUUAAUUUUUGUUCAUAACGCUCAUGUUGUGUGGAUUUACUCAUAGUGUGAUUACAUAUACAGUAGUUACGUACAGUGUGUUGUUUAUUUCCCGAGAUGACUUGGUCGAACAACAUGAACUUGUUCGACCCACGCCGAUGUCUUAUUUUGAAAAUGAGGAAACGGAAGCUAGUUUUGUGGUACACUUGAUUAGUUAAUGAAGAGCUAUUUUGUAAAGGGAAACCAAGGUUGUUGGUGUACGCUGAGGGUCUUGCAGGCAGGCGGCAGGUUGCAGGUUUCCGGGAGCAGAACCGCCGUGUCAUACCCCCUUCUGUCCUCUCGUAUCCCCCUUCCCCCCUCCCUGUAUUCCCCUGUGUGUGAGUGACCCCACAACCCCACCCGACCUAACCUGAUCACCCGUGUCGUGUCACCGCUCCGACUUGAAGCCGCCCUGUCACCCCAUGCUUGGGACAAAGCCAGCUCACUGCCAGCCCAAUGACUGCCUGGAUCAUCCUGCCGGUCAGCCUGUCUGUCUUCUCCAUCACAGGAAUAUGGAUAGUGUAUGCCAUGGCUGUAAUGAAUCACCAUGUUUGCCCUGUAGAGAACUGGUCCUACAAUGUAACGUGCACAGAGGAGCUGCUCCGACCAGGCUUUCCCAAGACCUGUUGCACCGUCCAGGACAUUCCCCUCAUCAGUAAAUGUGGUUCUUACCCCCCUGAAAGCUGCCUGUUUAGCCUCAUUGGCAAUGUUGGAGCCUUCAUGGUGGUGAUGGUGUGCCUUCUGCGCUACGCUCAGGUGAUAGAGCACAGCCACAGAUGUUGGAUCAACACCAGCGCUCUAGUGUCGGGCUGCACCAACGCAGUGGGUCUGGUCAUGGUGGGCAACUUCCAGGUUGACCACGCCAAAUCUCUUCACUAUGUCGGCGCCGGCGUGGCCUUUCCAGCGGGUCUGCUCUUUGUGUGCUUGCAGUGCGUGCUCACCUAUCGGGUGGCCGUCACCGCCCUUGACUACUGGAUGGCCCACUUCCGUGUGGCUCUGACACUCGGAGCCAUGGUGUCCCUCGUACUCAGUGGUAUCUUCUUUGUGCACGAGAGCUUCACGCUCCAGCACGCCGCAGCCAUCUGCGAGUGGGUCUUCACCGUGGACAUCCUGGUUUUCUAUGGCACCUUCACCUACGAGUUUGGGACGGUCACCGGCGAGACCAUGAUGGCCGGCCUGCAGCAGUGUCUCCGCCACGGCUCGGGGGUGAUCUUGGGCCCCAGGGCCUGUGAUUCGGCACUGAGCGGGGCCACGAAGGGUCUCAAGUCACCCGGGGGGAGCAGCACAUCCACGCAUCUCAACUGUACCCCUGAGAGUAUAGCCAUGUUGUAGCCCUGCACGGAGGAGCUCCAUGGACGCCUACCACAUGGAAAGAUGACUGAGUCAGCAUCCCAAGAGAGAGACUAGUUCGGUCUGUACGGCUGGAAUAACUCCACCGCCCCCCCCCAACAAGGUGCAAGUCAGCUGGAGCGGUGAGCAGCUUCAGCCUCAUGCAGUGUUCUUACAGGAAUCAUAUGAAAAGUCAAGCACAAAACAGUGGUACCUUGACUUACAAAUGAUUGAUAUACAUUAAUCCCUCGUUUAUCGAGGGGGUUAGGUUCAGGACCACCCCCACGGCAGGUGAAAUCUGCAAAGUAGCGCCCACAUAUAUAUUUGCUAUUAUUUAUAUAUUUUUGAAAAACCUCCCCACUCAUUAAUCUUCUCCACACUACCAUACUAUUAUAAACACUUUCUGUAUUCUUAAAGACCUUUUCAACUCUUAAACAGUAAUGUACAGUAGUACUGCACACGAUGUACUACUUAUUCCUUGUGAUGUGUUUUUUUUGUUUUUGUUUUUAUGUUUCAGGCUAGGAAGUGUUUCUUUUUUUUGUUCCACAAAAAGCAAUACACUCGAAACCUGCGAUAUGGCGAAUUACACGCUAUGAAUAUGGAAAGAAAAAUCCACACAGUGCGCUGAAUCUGCAAUAGGUCAACCGUGAUAUACUGUAGCGAGGGAACACUCUACGUGUAAAAUGAAUUACGAGCUGGGUACCACUGUACUAGGUUACACCGGGCCUAUUUUCCUGCAAUGUGCAACAACACACCCCUAAACAAUGUCCUCAAGUCCUCCAAAAUGGGGGAACAUGCAGCACAGCUAAGUCUCAAAUUGGUUUUGGUUUCAUUCAUUCAACAAAGAAAAUCGGACAAUUUGUUCUUAGUUAAAUCUGUCCCUUAACUAGCAAUUCAGUGCAUGACUUUUUGUAUGGCGUCUUGCUAAAUUCGACGGCAGAAAGGCUUUUGUAGUGAUGCUAUAGGAAUGUGUCAUGGUUGUUUGAUCAUUGAAUGUUUCCAAGAUAGUUUCUGAUUUGAUGUUUGAUGUUGUUCCUUGGUUUAGAGUUGAGUUGGUGUCGAGUAUUUAUUUAAAUUUUUUUAAAUGCACGCGUUUGUCGGUUAGCAGGAUGAGGCCAAACUUGGAGCAGCUUUUUUUCCAAAGCUGGUGGGAGGUUAAAUCUAGGACCAUGAACCCUUUUAGAUGAAAUGUACCUUUAAGGUAUGUAGAUCGUUAGGUAGAGAACUGGGCUGCCUUGAUUGAGGUUUUUUUUUAAUUUUUAUUUUACAUUUUGUUGGCUGCUGUGGCCUUGUUUAAAGUUUCCCACAUUAUGGAUUUCUGCACAGCUGGCACUUUUUAAAUGAGAAUAUUAAUUGUUUGUGUAGUACAGAGAGAAUCCUGAAUGUUGACGACGAUUAUCGCAUCAAGCUUCAAUUACGACAAAUCAGAGCAAGUCCAGAGUCAAGUUGGCUUGUAUUUUCUGAUCUGAAUUAUUUGAAUUUGAACCCUUUUCAAAUGUGAAGUGGGGGGAACACAAUUUAAAUUACCCUUUGUAAGCACUGCCUUAUACAAUGCAACUAAUAAUAAUAGAGAAUCCGUUGAGAGACAAUUCAAGAUCUACAGUAGGAGCGAAUGACCUCUUUGAAGUGUUUACGGCCCCCCGUGAAUCAAACAGGACUAUUUAAGCCAGUAACAUACCAGAAGAAGUCACAAAGUCUCAAUUACUGUACACAUCAACAUGCUAAUUUAGUUUCAAAACAUUGAAUAUUUCCAUCCGGUGUUGCUUUCAUUUUUACUGUAUCGAUGACAGAGAAGGGUUUCCCUUGAAUCACUUUCACUACUUGAAGGCCAUAAAUGCUGGAAUUGUCAUUUUGAAGUAUGUUCAUCUCGUCAAGGAAGGAUACAUUGAUGGAAAACGCUACUCAUUCAAUACGUUCAGGUACAACCCCAAUUCCAAUGAAAUUGGGACGUUGUGUUAAACAUAAAUAAAAACAGAAUACAAUGAUUUGCAAAUCAUGUUCGACCUAUAUAUAAUUGAAUACACUACAAAGACAAGAUAUUUAAUGUUCAAACUGAUAAACUGUAUUUAAUUUUAUGGCUGCAACACGUUCCAAAAAAGCUGGGACAGGUUCAUGUUUACCACUGUUACAUCAACUUUUCUUUUAACAUUCAAUAAACAUUUGGGAACUGAGGACACUAAUUGUUGAAGCUUCGUAGGUGGAAUUCUUUCCCAUUCUUGCUUGACGUACAGCUUCAGCUGUUCAACAGUCCGGGGUCUCCCUUGUCGUAUUUUACGCUUCAUAAUGCGCCACACAUUUUCAAUGGGAGACGGGUCUGGACUGCAGGCAGGCCAGUCUAGUACCCGCACUCUUUGACUACGAAGCCACGCUGUUGUAACACGUGCAGAAUGUGGUUUGGCAUUGUCUUGCUGAAAUAAGCAGGGGCGUCCAUGAAAAGGACGUCGCUUGGAUGGCAGCAUAUGUUUCUCCAAAACCUGUAUGUACCUUUCAGCAUUAAUGGUGCCUUCGCAGAUGUGUAAGUUACCCAUGCCAUUGGCACUAACACAGCCCCAUACCAUCACAGAUGCUGGCUUUUGAACUUUGCGUCCAUAACAGUCCGGAGGGUUCUUUUCCUCUUUGACCCGGAGGACAUGACAUCCACAAUUUUCAAAAACAAUUUGAAAUGUGGACUUGUUGGACCACAGAACACUUUUCCACUUUGCAUCAGUCCAUCUUAGAUGUGCUCGGGCCCAGAGAAGUCAACGGCGUUUGGACAUUAUAUAUCUUGUCUUUGUAGUGUAUUCAAUUAAACCCAACUUCAUUGGAAUUGGGGUUGUAGUUGGCUGACCUAAUCUUUUGACUUUGUAACGUUGAACCUCAUAAGACUUACCCAAGGCUCAAACGGGAAUCAGGAGGUACAGGCGUGAUUGACGCAUCAUGUUCUCGGUUGAUCUUUUAUGUGCCCAUCAUUCUGGAGCAAUUUAAAUAAGGUCCCGAGUUCAGUCUUAUGUUGGUCAUCUUUAACUUUUCGUGUGCUUCUUAGUCCCAAUACGAUCUCUUCGCAGUUAGUUACACUGUUGAUUUCUUUAAUAUCGCCAAAAAAAACAAACGUAUCUCACAGCGUAGGCCAACAAAAUGACCCUUGAAAUAAAGACUUUUUGCCUUCUGAAAUGUAUUAUCUAUUGCAGUACUUCUCCAGUUUGCUGCAAGUAUUAACUUCUUUUUCCAGUUUGCGCUAGUCUGGACCUUGUUGACUCUAGUUAAUUUGAGUCCAUUGUGUAUGUACACUGAGUGAUGGUCUCAGGACCUCACAGUAUUUCCUGCAAAGCCAUCAGUUGUCCAGUUAAUUCUUCUCUCUUGAACACUACGAUUAAGAUAAAGGUGCUUGUUUCAAUCGAGUGUCGCGCCGCUGACCAAUUUGGAUUGUUUUCUGUUUUGUUUUUAAAAGGUGCACAGAUUUGCGAGUAAACAGAUUUAGCCUUAUCCCUGAUUAUGUGCCAGGGAAACACAUUUCCUUUGUUUGGGUCUUUGUGUUGAGCCUUAGCCAUGUUCACCACUUUUUCAGUUCAACCAAAGUCACGGGCGUGACUUCGACUGGCAGCUUGUAUGAGCCAUCACAUCAGGUUGUGUAUUUAUUAUUCUGCAUCACUACAGUCCGCCACAUUGAACACUGGACUUGUUUUGUAAAAAAAUGUGCAAAAAAACAAAAAAAAAUUAUUUUUACAUUGCUUGAACUCCCCUGACAUUGGCUGGUGACCAGUUCAGGGUGUGCCCCGCCUCUUGCCCAAAGUCAUACUAUAUGUGUGUGUGUGUAUAUGUUUUCUAUGUGUGUGUGUGUGUGUGUGUGUAUACAUAUAUAUAUAUAUAUAUAUAUACACGCACACACGAAAUGGAUGCAUUGAAGUGAUUAUCAAUUGUGUCAAAUGAGAUCCCCAAAUACACUUGCUUUCGUUGUCUUCUUUACAUUCUGUAAAUAUGUAUGCUUUGUCUAUCAUUUAGGUCUUUUAAUUUGACAGAGAUUUAUAUUCAAAUAUGAAAUAAAAUCUUAAAUUAUGA